AUGCAGAAAGUCGUACAACGCACAGUCCGCGCCGAGCGCGUCGUCAAUCGUAAACGAGCGAAGCGAAUCGACCACGCCGACAAAGGCGAAAGCUGGGGACGCUUCCAGCAACGGAAUCGUCUCGUCCGAGCCAAUGGCGCGAAUAUCAAGAAUGCACGCCUUAACAGAGCAGAAGACUGGGCGUUAGGCUCCCUAGCUCCACGGCGAGAUGUGGGCGAGAAAGCGAAGAAUUAUGGUGCGAUGACCAUCUACGAUAUUAAUGCUACGGAUCUGAAUAAAAAGGAUCAGCCGAAAUGGAUUCCCUACUCUGAAGGUGACAGGGUGGUCGUGAUGACAGGGAGGUUCAAGGGCAAGAUCGGCGAGGUGACGGAGACAUCAGAAAAACAGGGGACGGUGAGGGUGAAGGGUGUCAAUGUGACUGAUGUCAUCAUACCGGAAUGGAUGAAUAGGGAGGACAAGACGACGGGAGAUCUCAAUGCUGUGCCGCUGCCUUUACGGUUGGAGGAUGUGCGGCUGGUAUAUCCGCUCCCGGAUCCUGUCACUGGUGUGCCACGGGAUGUGAUAAUCGACCGACUGAUACACAUGAAUUACACCUUUGACAAGACCAAGAAGGAAUGGACGAAAGGCGAUCGUGUAAUACCAGGCACGAAUACCAUGAUACCUUGGCCGGAAACCGUGCCGGAAGAGACACCGGACCACGACGACGAUACGCUAAGAAUCACAGUCGAGGAACAGACUUUCCGGCCUUUCCUCCUCUCGCCGCCAAUGCCACUAUCUGUCAUCGAUGAGCUGAGGAACAGGUACUCGAAGUUUAGAACCAGACAUGAGUACGA